AUGCAAGCCCGCAAACAGUUAAUCAACUCGGCCCAGCGUGUUACUGGCGCCGCCACGUCGAGAUCCGCACAUCCUGUCCUUCGACUAGGAGCCGGCCGGCUCGCAUGCAGCCCGCGGCCUCGACUGCUGCCGGGACUGGCGGCCGUGCGGUGCUAUGCCAACGGGCGGCCACACCCCCCCGGAGGAACUCACCGGAUGAACAUGGGUGGGGGAGAGGAGAAGUCGGCGUUGGAGCAGUUUGGAGUCGACUUGACUGCUAGGGCAAGAGACGGGAAGCUUGACCCGGUCAUUGGGAGGGACGAGGAGAUCCAGCGAACGAUUCAAAUACUCUCACGGCGAACCAAGAACAAUCCGGUGCUCAUUGGGAAUGCCGGCACAGGCAAGACGGCCAUUCUGGAGGGUCUUGCCCUGCGCAUAAUCCGCGGAGACGUACCCGAAAGCAUCAAGAAUAAACGAGUCAUAAGCCUGGACCUCGGGUCGCUCAUUGCCGGCGCCAAGUUCCGCGGCGAUUUCGAGGAACGGCUGAAGAAGGUGCUGGACGAGGUGCAACAAGCCGAGGGGCAGGUAAUCCUCUUCAUCGACGAGCUACACACGCUCCUUGGUCUGGGAAAGGCUGAGGGCUCCAUCGAUGCCUCCAAUCUCCUGAAACCUGCCUUGGCCCGCGGGGAGCUGCAAUGCUGCGGAGCCACGACGCUCACCGAGUACCGACAAAUCGAAAAGGACGUUGCCCUGGCCCGGCGGUUCCAGCCCAUCAUAGUCAGCGAGCCGACCGUCGAGGACACAAUCAGCAUUCUUCGAGGCAUCAAGGACAAGUAUGAAGUACACCAUGGCGUCCGCAUCACAGACAGCGCUCUCGUGGCUGCGGCGGCGCUGUCCAACCGAUACAUCACGGAUCGCUUCCUCCCGGACAAGGCCAUCGACUUGAUGGACGAAGCUGCGAGCCAUCUCAAGCUGCAACAUGAGUCCAAGCCCGAGGACAUCACGCGCCUCGACCACAAGAUCAUGACUGCGCAGAUUGAGUUGGAAAGCUUGCGCAAGGAGACGGAUGUUGCAAGCAAGGAGCGCCGAGAGAAGCUCGAGAAGGACCUCAAGAAUUAUUACGAUGAAAUCUCGGAGCUCAACGCGCGGUGGGACAAGGAAAAGGCUGAGAUUGGAUCGGUAAAGAAGAUUCAGGAAGAUCUCGACAAGGCUAGGUUCGAACUCGAACAGGCCCAGCGAGACGGCAACUUUGCCCGAGCCUCAGAAUUGCGCUUCGGCGUCAUCCCCGACCUAGAACAGAAGCUUCCCAAAGACGGCGAAGCGCGGCAGGACGGCGAUGAACUCACCCUCGUCCACGACUCUGUCACCCCAGACGACAUCGCCAACGUCGUCUCGCGCAUAACCGGCAUCCCCGUGGCGAAGCUCACCUCGGGACACAUUGAGAAGCUGGUGCACAUGGAGGACACGCUGCGGGAGUCCGUCAAGGGCCAGGACGAUGCCAUCAAGGCCGUGUCCGACGCGGUGCGCCUGCAGCGAGCCGGCUUGAGCGGCGAGAACCGGCCGCUCGCGUCCUUUUUCUUCCUCGGACCGACGGGCGUUGGCAAGACGGAGCUGUGCAAGAAACUCGCGAGUUUCCUCUUCUCGACCGAGUCGGCCGUGGUGCGGUUCGACAUGUCCGAGUUCCAGGAGAAGCACACCGUCUCCCGGCUCAUCGGCGCCCCGUCGGGCUACGUCGGCUACGAGGACGCCGGGCAACUGACUGAGGCUGUGCGCCGCAAGCCCUACGCCGUCCUGCUCUUUGACGAGUUCGAAAAGGCACACCGCGACAUCUCGGCCCUGCUACUCCAGGUGCUCGACGAGGGCUACCUCACCGACGCGCAGGGCCACAAGGUCGACUUCAAGAACACAAUCAUUGUCCUCACAUCGAACCUCGGGGCGGACAUCCUCGUCGGCCAAAAUCAGCUGCACCCGUACAAGGAAAACGCCAGCGGGGAGAUCGACCCGGCCGUCCGCAAGGCCGUCAUGGACGUCGUCGCGCAGGCCUACCCGCCCGAGUUCCUCAACCGCAUCGACUCCUUCAUCAUCUUCAAGCGCCUCGCCAUGAGCGCCAUCCGCGACAUUGUCGACAUCCGCCUACGGGAGCUGCAGCAGCGCCUCGACGACCGGCGCAUCACCCUCGCCGUCCCCGACGCCGUCAGGGACUGGCUCGCCGAGCGCGGCUACGACCCCCGCUACGGCGCCCGCCCGCUCAACCGUCUCAUCACAAACGAGAUUGGCAAUGGCCUGGCCGACAAGAUCAUCCGUGGCCAGCUCAAGAUGGGGCAGACCGCCGAGGUGCGGGUCCGCGAUGAUGGCCAAGGCCUGGAAGUCGUGGCCGCGUCGGCAGCGUCGUAG